AUUAACAGUGUUUCGACACUGUUUUGCUAAGCAAAGUUCAAGAAUAUUUAAAAUAUAUUAAAAUAAAUAUACGCUGCAAACGUUAACCGAUUUUCAGACGCUUCGGUAAAUUAAUAAUGGAGACCAAUCACACAGUCCAAUUUAUGUAUAACUACAAGGAUUAUGCAGGCAAAGAUUGUGAAGCCAAGCUGGAUAUUAAAUUGCCUUUUGAGGAUGAAAACCUUGAGGAAUUGGUUACACAGCUUUUAGCUCAAAUGGAUCCAAUGAUGCGAUAUUUGGACGAAGACAUAAAUUUAGAAGAGGAACUAAAGUCGUUUAUUGACCGGGAGCAUCAGAAAUUCCACGAUGACUACGCUGAGAAUUUGAUCAGUCAAGCGGCCAACGAAGAGCUAGACUUAGAAUCUAUAGUGCGAAAUACAGAACGUCUGUAUAAAGAAGAGUUGCUUCAAUUUGCAGAUCGCAUUGGUCCAAGCGAUGAGGACAUAUUUGCGCAGAGCUUUCAUCGACUGGUGCAUUCCUCCUCUUUAGAGGAUAUACUAAAACGGGAACGUGGCUAUGCUAAGGUCAUAGCCGACAGGACCGAGCAUAUGGACUGUGAGGUGGAAACGUUAAAAAACUCUCAACAGCAGGAAAUGGACAGUCAAAUCAAUCAGCUGGACAUAACGACAACAUCGGAGGACAUUAACAAUCUGCUGGCACAGCAAUAUACCACGCACAACUUUGUACGAAAGCGUUAUGAAUCCGAGCUGGAGGCCAUGAUGGGUCAUCAGAAAAAUGAGUAUCGUAACUGGAUUACCAGUCAAGUUAGUCAAAUGUUCCAAGUAUCGCCAGUCUCCACUCCACUGGGCAAUCGCUCCUCUAUGUUCGUCUCGCAGCAGCCUUCGAUGGAGGAGAGCUUCACCAUACAUUUGGGCUCUCAACUUAAGCACAUGCACAAUAUUCGCAUACUCAGCGCUAAUGUGACGGACCUGUGUAGUCCGCUGCACGCGGAUGAAAAUUUGAUUGGUCUCAACAUGGCUUUGGGUCUCUACUCAAGCUCACUGUGCGGCGUGGUCGUGCUGACUCCCUCUAUACAGGCACAGGCUAAUAAAAGCAUAAUCAAGAAUGCGAACAGAUCGACUGAGUUUCAUUUUGAUCAGAUGGAUGUGCAGCUAGAAAAGAUAGAGAAACAAAUUCGGGCACUCAACACCAGUGGCACAAGCAACUCGCCGAGUAAUGGAAGCGGCAGUGGCAGUGGCAGUGGCAACAGUGCCGAAGGCAGCGCCACAUCGUCGCCAAUUAAACAGCAUGUGCCCAAGCUAAAGACUGGCGAUUUUUUUAUAACCAAACACUCGAAUCUCUCACAAUCGCACGUCAUAUUUCAUUUGAUAUCCGAUGAACCCAUCAAUAGUCCCAGCGAAAUAAAUUCACGCCAUCCAGUUAUAUUGGGUCUGCGCAGCAUUUUAAAGACCGCCAGUCGGCAUGAUAUAACCACAUUGACAAUCCCAGCCCUGCUGCGCCACGAGAUGAGCGAAGACAUGACAGUACAGUGGUGCAUUCGACGCGCAGAGCUCGUAUUCAAAUGCGCCAAGGGUUUUAUGAUCGAAUCAGCAUCUUGGGGCGGCGCGGAGUUAAGUACCUUGCAAUUGUUGCUGCCACACGAUAUCUCUGAGGAGCUGUUCACUACAUUGGCGGGCAUGGUGCCCAAUGUAUUCCGUGUUGCCAAUCCAAAGGUACUUGUUGAUAAUAACAAAUAGUUAUUCGUAAACACAUUCCAAGGGAAAUAUUUAGACUCACAUUUAUUUAUAUGAAUAUACAGUUUAUUAGGCUUUAUAGUUUAUAUUUAAAUGUAUAUGCUUCGUUUCAUGUCGCAAACAGUUGUUUAAACUAAAAACACACUCAGAAUUGCUGUAAAUGUUCCUGUAUCCAAUUUCGACAAUAUAAUUAUCCAUAGUUUAUUAAUUAAACUUCAAUGCAAACGUUUUGCAAACUACAACACUACUUUUGUAUAAAUACAUUUAUAUUGUAUAGGUAAUCUUGUGUGUGUAUAUGUAUUUAUGUAUAUUAUUUCCAAAUUUAAAUGUUUAUCUUUGGUUUCAUUAGACCCCGUCAUGCGAUUUGUGUCCAUUUUUGUAUGGGUGUGGGUGUAAUUCAGUUUGUGUUGUUCGGUUAUCUAUAAUGGUUAAUAUGAAUCUUCGAAUAACUCUGCUUGUUGUUAACUUGUAAAUAUGCGUUUUGUCAAAUAAAUAUAUAUAUAUAUAUAUAUAUGUAUUCAUGUAUAUUUAACAAUUAAUUACGUUAUGUUUCCUUUCAAUCAACAUUUCGCUGUUAAUAUCUUUUUUUUUUGGAUUUAGCCAAGUACGUUGUAUAGUUGUCUGCCUGCUUGUGUUUUGCUGCUUUGCAGUGAGAGAUAGAGUUUCAGAAAAUAUUAUAUCUGAAACUUUGUUAAUUUAUGAGUGUUUUGCGUCUACAGGUCUUUCGGAUCUCGAAUCAAUAAAACAUGGGUUUGUGUGUGUGUGCUUAAAAUGAGUACAGGAACGGGUUACAUGAAGUGUUUUGGGAUGAUAAAAGAAAUUUUGGGCUUAAUGAAUCAUGCCAUAGAAAAGUUGGUAAUAAGUUUAGAAACUGAUUAUAAAAUUGACGUAAUCAGCAUCAUUAUAUACUCAUAUAUCUCAGUUUCAUAUGUUAAAAUUGCUUUAAUUCUAGUUAUAAAAUAAAUUAUAUUAUUCAGCCAUUUCUUGAAUAUAGUUAAUGUUAAUGUAGUAUGGCGCAUAUAAUUUGAUGUGUCGUAGCAGACCAAAUAAAACUCU